AUGGGUCGUUACGGCCCCCGCUCAAAGCUCCUGCUCGCCGUGGCCCUUAUCACACUGGUAUCUGUGGGCUGGCCCAACCUCGAUAUCACCAUCUUCUACACGCUAUUCGCUGGGAAUAGCAUCCUCGAGGCGCUCACAUGGGAUCUCAUGAACAUGUACUUCAACUUCCUGUGGAAGGCCCUUGCCGUCAUGAUCAUGUUUCCGUCGCCGCCGACCCAGCGCCGCAUGGCCAUUGUGUUCUCGCUGCUGGCGGCAUUGAUCCGGGUCGGCCUGGCUCUCCCCAACAAGGUCGGCUCCGUCUACGGGACGCUCUCGCACUCAAUCUAUCUGCCAGGGGUGCUCGUCUCGGUGAUUGUGGGCUCGUGCUGGGAAUUUGUCGGCUUCCCGCUCGCCCUCGCGUUCUAUCUUGGCCGCUUUCAUCCCGUCGCCAAGCCGACUCGAUGCCGUGCCAUGGAAGCUCUGAUGGCCGUCUGGAUCACAGCCUGGUUUGGUCUUCUGCUGUGCUUCCAGCUGCUGGAUCUCUCGGGCAACUUGUAUGCCUACUGGGCGCUCAUGAGCGGGCCAAUCUGGGGGUUUCUUGUGCUUGCCGCGGCAGUAACCUUAGUGGAUAUGCACGGGACCAAGAAACACGGCCGCACCAUCGCCCGGGCUCCCGGAUACCUCGUUAUGUAUCUGUGGGUCGUCGCCAUGAUGCCGCAGAUGGGCGGCUCGGUCCUGUUUGCCUUCAGCAGCAACGGGACGGGCUACUACUUUCUCAUGACGGUCGUGUUCCACAUUGUCUUCCAAGUCAUCCGUCGCCUCAUCCCAUACGGAUACAAAUGGGCAUCUCUGGACGAGAGCGGCGGGCCUGCGCUGCUGUUUCCGGUACAAUUCGCACAGCAGUUCUUUUCGUGUAUCUUCUUCCAGUUCAGCGACCCUUGGGCCUCCACCGGCAACAUGGUCUCCUUUGUCCUGCUGCUUCUCUUCCAAGGGCUUUGUAUCAUCGUUUCCGACACGGACAUCGGCACCCGUGCGCUACUUUGGUUCCGAGGACGGUAUAUGCAAAAUACUCUCCUCGCCGUCGAGCCAUCCAGCAUCGACUCCAAGCUCAAGGGCAUCCAGACUCGCAUCCUCCAGGCUGGCCAGUCGCUGCUUGCCGACAUCCUCGUCUGCUUCUCCAUCUCGUCCACGUACUACAUCACAGCAAUCUUUCUUGGGGUCCUGCAGACCGAGCUGGUUGUCGAUUUCUUCAACUACUGCCUGUUCCAUAUCGAGGAAGAGCGGUACGGCGCCAGCUUUGGCAAGGAAAUGGGCGAGCGCUUCGGCGUGAUUCUCCUCGCCAGAUCAAUCUUUCACAUCUUGAGCCUGAUGUACCUCAAGUUGCGGCUCAAGCGUCUCAGCCGAGCCCUGGCUGUUGUCUCGACGGCAGAGGAUGUGUCCGCGAUGCAGCUGGCUGAUCAAGCCCGCCCGGGCCUGCGUGAGAACAAAACCCAUCGCAUUGAUGUACAGCCGCACCACGACACCACCGAGGCACUUCAUCUACUACCGCUGGCAGACUCGAGUCCAGUGCCAAUCUCGGUCGCCGCCAUGUGUGCCCGCUACAUCAGCAUCGAGAAGGCCGUUUUCUUCAUCCUGGUUGCGAUAUCGCUGCAGCGCACAGGCUUCACCAUCGCCAAUAACAUGAGCAAUGCCCUGCCGUGCAUCAACACCCCGACCACGGCCGCCACUACCUCGACCGGCAUCGUUGUCUCCUCGGUCUAUAUCCCGCAGUCGCCCCAGAUGGCCGGCCAGAACACUGCCGUGCAGAACCAGACCGCCACCCAGGCAACAUCGACCGUUGCGGCUGUCAUCCUGCCUCACGCCGCCCUGCCGGCAGGCCAGGUUCCGUCGCAGGUGCCUCCCAGCAACACCACCAUGCAGCUGCCGUAUGCAAACGGCACAUACAGAGCCACGACGGUCUCAAGUGCACAGUCGAGCACCGCCUCAGCAUCCCCUCUCACACCGAGCACUGCAUCGGCCUCACAGACGGAAACAGGCGCCUCGACACUGGCCCAAUAUGCAAGCCAGCAGAGCUCAGGCACGGGCUCAGCAACAACGGUGACAACGGCGACAACGGCAACGGCGACUUCAUCGGGAUCGGGAGCAACCCCAUGCUCCACCCACUCGGUUUGUCCAGUCGCUGCAUACCAGCAGAUCCUCGAGCAGCCACUUCAGCACUCCGUCGGCAACGGACAUCGUCGCAGGCUCCAGAAGCGGGACACGGAAUUCUACUAUGUUUUCAGCAUCCAACCGGAUCCAGGCGUGUACUGGAUCUGGACCGUCCAGAAUCUGCUCAGCAGUUGAUUCGAUCGAUCGAUUGAACAUGUAUUGCAUUUGCUCCUCGCGUAUCGGCGAUUGGACAAGAUCGAGCGCUUUGGGUUCGGCGGGAGUUCAUUUUGUGGACACGAGCGGGGCAGCCGGUCAAAUCGGGUGGUUUGAGAGCGGCUGGCAUCCGCCUUUAGUUGCUCGAGCCAUCGGUUCGUGCCGCAGGUUGCUGGUGGCCGCCUGCUCCACCGGCAGCACCGCCUCGCAUGCCGCCUCGUCCUCGACCCCGGCCGCCGGGGCCGCCACGCUGAGCGGGCUGACCCGCACGUACUUG